AUGACCACCGCCACGAGUGUCUCGGUAAGGCCGACAACCGCCAGCGGAGUGCUGUGCAACAGCUUUCCAAUUGCUGCAGCCACCUCUGUGGCCAGCACGAAGACACACACGCACCCCCUUCCUGAGGUCUCGCGCGGCAAGCGGUCCGCGGAGAGUCUCUCUUGGGUGACCGAGCUCUACGGGCUUGAGGCGUCACCGCCGGCUGUGUUCGCGUCGGUAGCCGCCGAUGGGACCCGAAAGUCGAUCAAGAAGGCGUUGCCGCUUGCCACCACGGCCAAUCCAUUAUCCUUCGCCUCCUCCGGGCAGCUGGGGACGCUGCCGUCCUUGGCGGCGCUGCACAAUCAGAACCAGCGUGUGCCACACAUGCGGUCGCUCACGCCGGCGGAACUAUCCGGCGCCGUUGGUGGCGGGGCGAGCUUCAGCGCGCAGGUACUCAGUGAUGUCUCUGCAGCGUCGUUCAGCGCCACAUUGACGGCGGCAGCGACCAAUGUGACGUCGUUUUAUCGUCAGCGCAAGAACGUCUCGUGGCGUUGCAUGCUGUGCGGCUACCAUGUGCUAGCGAUGGAUCAGGAUGGCGCGCCGCUACCCUUCUCAGCCUCCGCGUUUGGCAACGUUCUUCCGAUGACGUGUCCGCGUUGCAAGAUGAGCCACACAUCGUGGCAGCCGUCAACGCCGUUCAGCGAAGAAGGCAAUCACAUGAACCUGCCGACAACGCUCUCCAAUCGCUACCUUGUGUCGCUUCCCGGCCAGCAGCCACUGCGCGCGAAGGACGCGGAGGCAACAGGCGCGGCUGGACAGCCCGGCGCCGCGGUUGAAACGGCGUCUUCGGUGGUGGCAGGCAGCCGCUCAGCCCAGCGCGUAGGUUUUGUUUCCGCCCUGGCAACUCAGCAGCGCAGCGUCCCGGUCAUCUCCGCUGUCUCCUCGGUGCAGCGUCGCGCCUACUACUGCGGUCGCUGCGGUCGUCGCCUGCUCCGCGUGGACGUGAAUGGAGAAAUCGUGGAUAUGGAUCGCGACAAGGACGGCCAAGUCCUUCCCAUAACGUGCCCUGGCUGUAUGGAGAGCCACAGCGACUGGGUUCUGAAGCCGUACGCCGUGAAUCGAUGA